GACGGUUGGCGAGGCGAUGCGCAAGGCUGGCGCGUGGUGGCGCUGGCCGGUGCAGCUGCUGCUGCUGCUCCUCGUCAUACGAGACGAGAGCAACCAGGAGGUGACCAAGCGCGCUCUUGUGCCCGGCACGGACACGCUCUUCCGCGCGUCGCCAGAGCUGCUGCGCCGCUGCGCCACGCUCGUCACGAUGUCGGGCAAGGACCAGGCGCUGCCGGCGUGGGAGAUCCACGACUACCUCCGCGCCCACUUUCCGGAGAUCGAGGUGAGGAUGGACCCGGGGCUGGAGCACGGCGGUUUCCUCCUCCCCUUCGUGCCCGGCUGGCUGGCGAGGAGCGUCUUCGAGGCCGCGCCCCGAUGGUCGACGGCUCUCCCGCGGCGGAGCCGAUGCUGCGGCGGAACCGAUGGUCGCAGCCGCAUGGCGGAGGCUGGCCGCAGCGAGAGUUGCGCUCAACAGAGAUUGGCGGGCGCUCGCAGCCAGUUUGAUUCCCCGCACCACAACAGCCGCGCAGUCCCCUGCGCGCUGAGCCUGCGGCGCGCGGCACACGUACGGCUUUACGAGUCUUUUACUUUUUGAACAUACUCGAGGGAGAUGAAGGUGUC